CCAGCAUUGCCGGGCUGCAGCUCUCCACACUGACCACCGAGGGACUGGAGGUGCCCACACGGAGAGAAGAUGAGGAGACACUCCAGCUUCAUUUUUUUGUUCUGUGGGAUAUUUUUGCCCAGAACCCUUGGUUUUCCACAGGCAAAUACUUCAAUUGAUUGUGAUUCCCUGUUACCAAACUAUGAAGCUGUCCCACAGACGUCUGCACCACCCUAUAUUAUUGCUGUAUCUUUUGAUAACUUUGAACCAGGAAAUGAAGUCCAAGUGACUCUGGAAGCACUUCAAGAUGUUGGGUUUAAAGGAUUUAAUCUACAAGCUCGAGAAAUAGAUGGAGAUGUUCCUGUUGGUACAUUUAAAAUUACAGAUCCAAACACCAAAGGCAUGGAGUGUCAUAACGUGACGAAUUCAGCAGUAAGUCAUGCCAAUUCAGAUGUGAAACAGAAAGUUACAACAACAUGGAUUGCUCCCCAUAGUGUUAAAGAUCUUCAAUUUAUUGCUACUGUUGUUCAAGAUCUAGAGAAAUUCUGGGUUGGAAUUCAAAGCAAAACUCUCACACCUACACAUUCUGAGUCAGUUAACGGGACAGGAAAAAGUAAAAGGAAGGUUAUGAUAGCACUAGAAUGUAAGAAGCUUGGGGGGACUUACACAACACAAGGUGGAUGCGUCAUGGUUGGACCUUCCAGCUCCUCUCAGAGCAGCUAUUCAGGCAGUUCGAAUGCAGUAGUCUACACAAUAAGCAAGAAUGGAUGUGGCCCUGGGGGUGCUGCUGAUGCUUAUAGUCAACAAGCCUGUAGAGAUAGUGCACCCUCCAGCAGUGGUAUUUCCUAUGGCCUGUCUGUGCCUUCAAGCAGUUCAGAUUCCAGUAAGAAGGUAGUGGUGGUGGCCAACAGCAACCCUUUUCCACCUGUGCGUCACACCUAUCCCCAGAGUUUGGGAAGUUCUGCUGCUAGAGUCGUUAUACAGGUAGACAUUCUUUCUCCAUUACACUCAAGUUUUGACUGAAGCCCUGUGUCAGUA